CCACCGGUCCCAUGACCUUGCUUUUGGCUUACAGCUGUUUUUGUGCCGUUUGCUCGAGGAGGUCACGUAUGUUUCCAAAAGGAGGCAGAUCGCAAUAACCGGACUAAGAGGAAUAUAUUUCAUAUUUGAAUCCAGCCUGUAUGUUCCAUGGGCAGCAGCACUAGCAGUCUCCACAGUGCCCUGGUUAAGACCAUCAGCAGACCUCCUCUCCCACACCGGUGUGACUCCACAUACAGUCCGGUUAACGAUCUGGAUCUGGAUCAAGACCCGGCGGACCCUUUGGAGCUGUUGCAAGAAUGUAGAGAGGUUCUGAGAAAGCGGCCAGCCCAGCUGCAGAGAGCUUUCGUUCAGACUGGGCAUGGAGACGCCAGGCAGACGAUCAGAGUUAUGCAGUGGAAUGUACUGGCACAAGCAUUAGGUGAAGGCAUGGACAGUUUUGUGCAGUGCCCCAUGGAUGCUCUGAACUGGGCUGAAAGGAAGUAUUUGAUCCUGCAGGAGAUCCUAACCUACAGACCUGACAUCAUUUGCCUACAGGAAGUUGAUCACUACUUUGACAUGUUUCAGCCCAUUCUGGCAAGUUUGGGCUACCAGAGCAGUUUCUGCCCCAAACCGUGGUCUCCAUGCCUGGAUGUGGAAAACAACAAUGGCCCAGAUGGCUGUGCUUUGUUCUUCAAUCCCAAACGCUUCCAGUUACUAAACACAACACACCUACGUCUGUCCGCCAUGAUGUUGAAGACCAAUCAGGUGGCAAUCAUCGCUGCUCUACGCUGCCAAGCAACCGGACGGGCGUUUUGCGUCACGGUAACGCAUCUGAAAGCGCGGAGUGGUUGGGAGGUCCUACGCAGCGCUCAGGGUUUGGAUCUGCUACGAAACCUACGAAGCGUUGCACAUAGAAUCAAGACAGAAGAAAAAGCAGAUACCAACGUUCCAUUGAUAGUAUGUGGCGAUUUUAAUGCCGAGCCAUCAGAAGACGUCUAUAGGAAUUUCGCAACAUCCAGUCUGGGAUUGGACAGUGCGUAUAAGCUUUUAAGUACAGACGGGAAAACCGAGCCACCUUACACAACCUGGAAGAUCCGGCCCAGUGGCGAGAGCUGCCACACGCUGGAUUACGUGUGGUAUUCGCACAGAGCGUUUGAUGUUAAUGCGGUUCUGGACCUUCCUACAGUCGAACAAAUCGGACCCAAUAGGCUUCCUUCCUAUAACUACCCUUCAGAUCACCUCUCCCUCGUCUGUGACUUCAGCUUCAAGGAUCCAACGCUUGUUUCCAAAUAAUUACAGUUAUUUCGAAAGACAUUUACCACAAGUCGAAACUUGCAUUGGCACGGCAUUUCUACAUAUUUUGUGUUGUUCAUGACUAAAUAACGAUUCAGUCAGUAUAUCACAAAAAUGAAAAUUCUGUCUUCAUUUACUCACCUCCGUUUCAUUUUCUUUGUACUGUGGAGUACAGAGAUUUAUUAUUGCUAAAGGCAAUACAUCACAAUAACAUCUUAAUGAAAAUGUGAUUUUAAACAGACACAUUUCAUUGUGGCUCUUUAAAAUCAAACUGCAAUCGAAAGUGGUGCCUCAAGACGUGUCUCAUCAGGUUUGACUUUAAGAGCUACAAUGGGUGGAUGAUUUUCAAGAAAUAGCUGCAAUAUCAAUCUCUUCCUCACACAAAGCUAAAGUAUGACUUUAGAAGUCUUGAAAUAUAACCUCAUGUGGGCUAUUUUUAUGGUGCUUUUCGGAGCUCACCAAUGUAAAUCGACAUCUGUUUUUAUUUUAUGGAAAAGAGCAGCUUGCACAUUAGGUAAAAUAACUCCUUUUGUGUUACACAGAAGGAGGAAAGUCAUACAGGUUUGGAAAGACAUGAGGGUGAGUAAAUUAUAACAGAAUUUUCAUUUGUGUGAUAUAUUCCUUUAAGCUCUUGUAUCUUCCUGAAAUUGAGGAUGUAGGUUGCAAAUCAAAUUGUUACUUUUUAUUCUUAAUAUAUGAUUCUCA